AUGUCUUAUCAAUAUUAUUUUCAACAAAUACAACGCAUCCAACAAUUAGCGGCUAUGGGAAUGUAUAAUGUUCCUGCGAAUUUUGCAUCAAUACCCUUAAUGCAAUUACAACAUCCUAUGUUUCCAAUGCCCAGUAAUGAUAUUAUAUUGGUUGAAAGUGAGGAGGAAAAUGAGGUCGAUGAUGUCGAAGAAAGAACAUUAUUUUGUGCAAAUCUUAGCGAAAAAAUAACGGAAGAAUUACUGUAUGAAGUAUUUUUACAAGCUGGACCACUCGAAAAAAUUUAUAUACCAAAACAAAAUGGCAAAAAUCGUUCAUAUGCUUUCCUUACAUAUAAGUACCGUUCCUCACCAUCUUAUGCUUUAAAACUUUUUCAAGGACUUCAAUUGUUUGGAAAAAGACUAGACAUUAAAUUUCAGCGGUCAAAUUCUAACGGGCAUAACAGGAGAUAA